UUUGAAUGGUAAGCUAUGUCCGAUAUCUUUAAAGUAAACAAAUUUGCAAAAAACAAAAACCAUAAUGAGUUACCAUGUUCAAAUGCUUUGGAUUGCAUUUUACAAACUUGUAAAGUUCAAAAUAUGAUGAAUGAAGGUGAUAAUUUAAUUAAGCUUUCAGAAGAUAAAGUGCUUAAUGAUAUGAAGUUAAACAAUAGCUUGCUACACAAUGAUAAACAAGAUUAUGAUACAAAAAAUAGUAAAACUUAUAAUGGAGAAAUUGCUUUAAAUUUGAAGACUCUUAACCCACUUAUGAUAAAUCAUGAUAAUUCUCGUUAUACAUGGGGGAACCAGUUAGAAUUUGUACUUUCUCUAAUAGGAUAUGCCGUUAGCCUUGGAAAUGUAUGGAGAUUUCCAUAUCUUUGCUAUAGAAAUGGUGGAGGUGCCUUCUUGAUCCCCUAUUGGCUCAUGCUAUUCUUAUGCGGGAUACCUCUGUUCUUUCUGGAAGUAGUCCUUGGUCAAUUUACGGGUAGGGGUGCUAUCGAUGUCUGGGAUAUUUGCCCGUUAUUCAAAGGUGUGGGUAUAGGGACCGUAUUAUUGACAGCCAUAGGUAGCACUUCCUACAAUUUGCUAGUGGCCCUCAUCCUUUUCUAUUUGUUCGCCUCGUUUCGUUCCGACCUGCCUUGGGGCCAUUGCGAUCAAACCUGGAAUACACCGGCUUGCGUCGUAUUACGCGUGCUCAACGAUACCAAUGAAAACAACGGGACCACUAAUGAUUUAAUUAUUUAUUCGCAAUACAAUUACAACAUAACGACAUCGCUCACCGACAUCCAAACGUCCGCUUUCGAAUUUUGGAGCCACAGAGUUCUACAAAUAUCAGAUGGUUUGCACAACAUGGGUGAUAUAAACGUGAAAUUAAUGGGUUGUUUUUUCCUAGCGUGGAUUCUGACGUUCCUGUGCCUAGUCAAGGGCAUCAAAACUACGGGAAAGAUCGUUUAUUUCACGGCCACUUUUCCUUACUUAAUACUUACCGUGUUGUUGAUACGUAGUAUGUUUUUACCUGGUGCUUUAAAGGGAGUUCUUUUUUUCUUAAAGCCUGAUUGGAGUAAACUCAAAAAUGUUAAAAUUUGGAACGAAGCUGCUACCCAAAUCUUUUAUUCGCUUGGUCCAGGCUGGAGCGGUCUUAUAACCAUGGCUAGUUAUAAUAAAUUUCGAAAUAAUUGUUUGAGGGAUAGCAUCAUCGUUUCAGUAGUCAAUUGUGGUACGAGCGUUUUUGCAGGGUUAGUCGUUUUUUCUGUAAUUGGAUUUAUGUCCCAUAUUCUCAGUGUUCCCAUCGAAAAAGUUGCUACUCAUGGCGUCGGGUUAGCUUUUAUCGUGUAUCCCGAGGCCUUAUUGCACUUGCCUUUCUCGAAUGUUUGGUCGGUCCUCUUUUUCGCCAUGUUGCUAACCAUCGGUAUCGAUACAAUUUUCGUGCAAUUAGAAGUGGUAUAUUCGGCUAUUUACGACAUGCUUCCUAUCAGGUACAGAAAUAGGAGAGCCAGUUUCACCCUCAUAGCUUCGAUUAUAAUGAUGGUUCUAGGAUUACCUUUUUUAUUAAAGGGCGGAAUAUUUCUAUUUCAAUUGGUCGAUUGGUACUUGGCCAUCUUAUCCGUCAUAAUUUUUUGCCUUUUUGAAACGAUAACAGUUACAUGGAUAUAUGGUGCCGAUCGAUUUGUGGGGGAUAUCGAAUUUAUGCUUAACAAGAAAAUAUGGGCUCCAAAACUUUGGAUUUUUUUGUGGAAAUAUCUCAUACCAUUACUUUUAUCGAUCGUUCUGAUAUUUAACGUCGUAUUUCACGUCCCCGUUCAAUACGGGCAUUACUUUUACCCUAAAUGGGCUUCUUCAAUCGGAUGGAUCAUAAGUGUCUCGAGUUUGUUGCCCAUACCAAUGUACGCAGUAUAUUACUUAUGCAUAUCCAAGGGCGAUAACAUUCAAGAGAAACUCACCUAUUCUCUUCAACCUUCUCUCAGAUGGGGACCACCGUUAGAACCAUUUCGAUCGCAAUAUCUAGACAAACUUGAAAUUUGAGAUCCUAACUCCAAUCAGUGUUUUCAAGCUAUAUUUUUAAUCAGAUUAUUUUUUUAAAACGAAUCUCUGAAUCAUUCGAAGCCAUAAUAUUGAAAUUUUUAUUUAAUUUAAACGGAAAUUUGUUUAUACUUUCCUAAAAAAUAAUUCUUGAUUAUAUUAUAAAUAAAUUAAUUCUAUAUUUACCAUUCUAGUAUUUUACUUAAAAAAAAAUAGAACAUGCAAAUUUUUAUUCAUAAUAUAUAUUUAUCUAGUAUUUUAUAUUAUUAGCCUCAUUUAAUAAAUAAUAAUGUAUUUUAGUUACCAUUUUUCGGCUUAAAAAAAUUAUAAUAUAUUUUAGAAAUAGUUAUUAAUACUUUAAAUCAUAUUUAUGUAUAACAUUACAUUACACCAUAGCAUUUUUUUUAAAUUGAUAUAUUUUUUAACUUUAAUUUUUUUAAAAUUAUUCUUCGUCUAAUUGUUAUCUGUCCAAUAGUAGAAUAUUAUUUACAAAGUUUUAUAAUAUAUUUAAAUUUAUACUGAUUUGCGGGAAAAUCGAAGUAUUUUUUCAAAAAAAAGACUUCCUUAAUGCAGCCGUCCUUGAUUUUGACAACUUUUACCCAUUCGGAACGAUUUUUAGAUGGUAAUCAACUUUGGCCAUCUAUUUAUAUAUCAUAUUUUUUUUAUCUAUAGAUAUUUUAUUUUUUAUGAUAUAAUAUUAGAAAUUUUCGUUGUUCUAGAUAUAUUUUAAUUAUAAAUAUAACUGAUCACUUUCUAUAAAUCAAUUAUGCACAUGAAAAUUAAAUAUUAUACCAAUUAUGUUUAA